AUGGAGACAAAUCAACGUUUGGCGGAGCUGAAGGACUACGUGGAGGAAGAAAACAAUUUAUCCACAAGGGAAAUUGCCAAAAGGAGUCUGGUGCCUCUAUUCAAGAUGAUACUGUUUCGCAGUAUGAUGUUAUCCUUUAGCAAUUCCGUGGCGGUUUCAAAUGCCCUGGUCAUGACAAUGCUAACUGUGGGCGUUACUUGGUCACCAAUCUUGGCGGGUUGUUUACGUUUAGCUGGCAGUUUGGCUUCGUUGAGCAUUAUGGAUAGCCUGGGACGUAAAAUACCCGGUUCAGUGUGGGCCCUUGUCAUAGCUGGCCUCCUAAUACCAAUGGCAGUUGCAACCGACAGUUGGUUUAAUAUUCUAGACCGCCAUAAGAUGUCCUCAGUUGUUGCUAUGUGGAUAUCACUGCAUGUCAUUGAUGGCCUCUUUGCCCCAAUUACCUCUGUCUAUAUGGGUGUCUUCAUAUUCAUUUCGGCUGGUAUGAGCUUGGCCCAAAGUGUUGGUUGGUCAGACAUUAAUGCGGAUCGCCACUUUCUCUAUAGCUGGUUUAUUGCUGUAGCUCUGGGUGCCUUGGUGUCGAUAUUACUGGGCUAUGUUUUACCCAAAAAAUUUAUAAUGGCCUCUUCAGCGGUUCUAAUUUUGGCGGGUGGUAUAAUUUUCGCUAGUGCUCCCCGCAAUAUUGAUGCCUUGGUGGCGGCACGUUAUCUAAAUGGCAUGGCAGUGGGUUUGGCCAUCACAACCUAUCUAAUCUAUGCCAGUGAAUUAUCACGCAAUCGUAUACGUGGUGUGUGCUUGGGUCUGGAACAAUUCUCUCUAAGUCUUGGUAUAGCUAUACAAAUGAUAACCACCUCACAGUGGGAUGUGAUGUCGAGUUUUUCCGUUAACUGCCUUCAUGGUAUAUUGGACAUAAUUAUGGCCAUUUUGGCUGCAGGUUCUUUAAUUUAUUUUAUCGAAUCACCAGUGGAUUUUGUACGCUUGGGGAACGAUACGGCAGCCUUGGAAUGUCUAAGUCAAUUACAACAGAAUCCGAGCAUAACAAUGGAAACAAAUCGCCGCCUGGAGGAACUGAAGCAUUAUGUUCAGGAACAGGAAUAUCUUUCACCACGAGAAUUGCUACAGCGUAGCCUAAUUUCGCUGCUGAAAAUGUUGUUCUUUCGCAGUGCGUUGCUGGCCUUUACAUAUUCGGCAAUUUUGACCAGUCUCUUGGCAUACUCCACCCAGCUGAUUGGUUUCACCUGGACCCCUAUAUUGGCUGCAUGUUUACGUAUCAUUGGCAGUGGCAUGACUUUGGUGAUAAUCGAUAAUAUGGGUCGUAAAUUGCCAGCAUCUAUUUGGGCCCUCAUUAUGGGUGGUCUAAUGGUUCCGAUGGCGGUCAUUGUGACGCAUAGCAUGAAUUUGUUAAAUAGCCAUAAAAUGUCCACAGUGGUUUCUCUCUGGAUUUGUAUGCAAUUUUUUGCUGGUCUUUAUGCGCCCGUCAGUUCUGCCUAUAUGGGUGAAUCUUUUCCGCUGCGUACCAAAGCUUUUUGUAUGGCUGUGUGUGUGAUAGUCGAACAAAUUAUACAAAUCGUUAUAAUUAGUCAGGUCUCCAUUGGCAAUGAUGGUAGUCUAAUGGCCAUGGGAAUUAUGAUAUUAAUAUCGGCUGCGGCAUUCUUUGUGACAAUGCCGGAGACAAAGAAAAUCACCCUGAGAGAGGCUCAGGAGAGAUUUGUGAAUUUAUUGAAUUUGAAAAUGUUUUAA